AUAUUCUGCCAACGAAACGUACACACGUGUAGAAGAAUUGAAAGUCAUAUAAUCCUUUCACGUUAACCUGCCCUUGAUAGAGUGGACGACUAUCUCUUACACUAUACAAGUCUUACGGCGUCCCAAUCUCAGUUGUUAAAGUGCAGCAUGGCGGCUGAAAAAGUUCCCGUUAUUCCAAUUACAGGAACUCGUGGAUAUCCGAUGAUUGGACUUGGGACUUUCACCAUCUUUGAGAAAAGAGGAAGUAACGAUGAGGUCAAAGAGGCUGUGAAGUGCGCUAUUGACUGUGGCUAUAGAAGCAUUGAUUGUGCUUAUGUCUACCAGAACGAGGCUUCAGUUGGUCAAGCUAUUAGUGAUAAAAUUAAGGAGGGUGUUGUGAAAAGGGAAGAUUUAUUCGUCACAACCAAGCUUUGGGAUACACACCACAACCCAGCACAUAUUCGAGAAAACUUCUUCAAAUCUCUGAACAAGCUUGAUUGUGGAUAUGUGGAUCUAUACCUCAUGCAUUGGCCUUUCGGUUUUGAGGAUGGCGAUGUGUGUUUUCCAAUGGGGGACGAUGGAAAGGCGAGAUUUUCUGACCAUGAUUACUUGGACGUUUGGAAAGAAAUGGAAAAGUUGUUUGAUGAAGGUUUGGUAAAAGCAAUAGGACUGUCUAAUUUCAACAGAAGCCAAAUUGAGCGUGUCCUACAAAACUGCCGGAUUAAGCCAAGUAAUUUGCAGAUUGAAGUCCAUCCCUAUCUUUCAAACAAGAAACUGAUUGACUUUUGUUCUUCAAAAGGAAUUUCGAUUACCGCCUACGCACCACUUGGAAACCCGAACAGAACUUGGGCGGACAGUAAAGAUCCAAUUGUCUUUGAUGAACCUGUUUUGAAAGAAAUUGCACAAAGGAAGAAAAAGACAAUUGCACAAGUAUGCCUAAGAUUUCUGCUGCAACGAAAUAUCAUUGUCAUUCCAAAAAGCGUGACUCCUCAAAGAAUCAAGGAGAAUAUUGAUAUCCUGGAUUUUGAAUUAACUGAUGAUGAGAUGAAAGCUAUUUGGAGCAUGGACAGGGGAAAGAGAUUCUACGCAGAGAGCAUUGCCAAAGGUCAUAAGUAUUAUCCAUUUGACGAUGAAUACUGAAAGAUUUGCCGCGUGUGUAACGUUAAAGAAGAUCAUCGAUCAAUUCAAUACUUGUCUACUUAUAAACAUGUAUAUAUCUUUAUAGGAUUAUUUGUACUAUAUGUACAUGUAUAUCACAACAUAAUAAAGAAAGUAGCAAUUAAAAGAUUUUAUA